CCUCCAGCGCGCAAUUGGCGGCCGGACUGGUCGCCAUGGUGAGAGAGGACGCCGUGCGGCCCCGCAGCGCCCGCCAUCAUGGCUGCCUACCGGCCCGGGGUUCUCAUGGGCAACUGGAAGGAGGAGGCGUGCCUGGAGGAGGAGCGCCUGAGGGACUUCAUGCAGAAGAGAGAACGGGGAGAACUUCUAAUGCAGAAAAUCAACAGACUGAAGGAUAACCUUUUAAAGAAGGUGCAGCUGUCGGUGUCUAAGGAUGGAUUCGUUUGCUUUGGAGACACGGUGAUGCUCCUGAGCCCGGGCAAGGAGCCCUCAGUGCAGCGUGAUGUUGAGGCACACGGUGAGCUGACGCUGGCAGUUAACCUGGAGGAGGUGUCCGUCUAUUCAGCUGUGGCUCUGCAUGCACCCUGCGCACUGAGUGCCAUCACCACCACCAGCCCUGUGGGAAGGAACACGUUCUGUAUUUUAAGCGUUGAUGGAGAAUCAGUGGGUGAACCUGUUAAAUUUGGGCAAAAGUUUGGUCUUGGAACAACAGGAGGGUUUUCUGAUCCAAUGUUAUAUCUAGCAAGUGACCAUAAGUCAUUUAUGAGGUUUGCCAAAAAAUCUUACCUUCAGCAAGUAUUUUUGACAGAUGAGCUUUCCUAUUUGACGUGCUGGCAAGCAACCUUCUUGGAUCCACAACUGCGUCUUGAAUAUGAAGGAUUUCCCAUUCCUGCAAACUCUAAACUGAUUAUUACUCAUUGCCAUACUAAUAGAAGUUUAGCUGUUCCAAGGAACUUUUGGACAAGGUCUUAUUUUGGAAGGGAAUAUGAAGUAAUUUGUCACACUUACCUGGACUCCCAUCGAGUUGAAGAAGACAAGAAUUACUGGGUAAUAGUUACAGGAAAUCCUGGUGACGAGGGUGGUACAAUGCUCCAUAGACCUGAACCUCAGCCAGGAGGAAAAGGAAAGAACGAGUUUCAUGAAGUGACAACGUAAAAAUCCCAGAUUCCAACUGACAGAGAUUGCUUAGAUUCUGAUUUUUUUUUGUUUCUGAUUUUCACAUUUUAGCAUUUGAAAUGUUUAUGUUAAGAAGAGAUAUGGAAACCUGCCAUUAAAAAUUUAAUAUAAUCUCAUUAAUUCAUCAUAUGUGGAUGGCAAAAGGAUUACUUAUACACACUCAUGCACAACAUCAAAAAAGCUGAUGAAUCAAGAAAAGCUCAUUUUCCUACUUGCACAUUCCCUGGUGGCAAAAGAAGUUAGAACAUAUUGAAUUGAAUUGCACUCAAUUACUGGCCUUCUGGGUGUUUUUAACCAAUGCUUCCUAACCCAAAUCAGGGUCACAAUUUUGAAAAGAGUGACCAUACAUUUUCCAAAACAGUAAAGACCAAACUUAUGCAAGCUGUCAUGUGAUGCUUUGACAUCUAAAGAUUGGUGGAAAGAAAUUAGGUGGUUGAACUUGUUCCACACUCUAUCAUGAGAAAGGGGAAAGGACUACCUGCACUGCUGGAAAAUGAACAGGAUUCAAUCAACAAUUCCUGAUGCUCUAAUACGAUUUUAAUCUAAUACAAUUUUAAAACCACAGAUUUUUCAGAUUUAUAUCCCUUUUCUUUUUUCUUUUGCAACUUUUUUUUUUUUUUUUUUUUUUUUUAAACACUUCUUAAUAUAGUCCACACGAUGGCACCACAUUCUUUUAAACACUGUGAUUAUUUCCAGCAGGAUUAUUCCUACAUGUGUUAAAACAACCUGAAUCAUUUACAUUCCAUUGAGUCCCUGAUACAAAGCCACUGAAGAACCAGAAUGAAUCAAGCUCAAAUUCUGGGCUCUGAGGUGUGAGUGAUGUUCUGUUGUCUUUUUAGAAAAUAAAAUCAGUUUAAGCAACAAAUGUAGACAGAAUAAUGUACAACAUUGUGCAUUGUGUGCUAUCAAUUUCUUAAACAAAACUAAUUGGAAUAUUAAUUUGUAACCAAAACAUACUGAAGUAUCUUUAGGAACUUUUCAGUUUCUCUGUAAAGACAGGAAACUUGAUGUGCAGUAAAUGAUGGAUAUUUUUAUAGUGACACUGUUACUACUUACCUCAGCUUACAGAGGUUAAGAUUCCACACAUUUUGAUAAUAGACUGACAUAAUUCUACGUUGAUUUUGUAGGCAGUAAACUAGAAAAACACAGGCUGCAUGAAUACGCUGCAGCAUUUCCAAUUUGACAGUUGUGGGAUAUUUAUAUUAAAACCUGUGAUUAGCCAUAAAAGACUGAAUAUUAACACAGAAUUUAAACAUUCCAUUGACUGCCACUUAGAGACACAGUGGGGUCUAAUUGAUAGGGUGAUGGAGAUCUGAACCAUGUCACUGUACAAACUAAGGGUGCGUGUUAUAUUUUGGUUGUCCCAGUUUUGCAACCCAAGAACUACGGACAGUGAUGCUCGCCUCCUUUGUAAAGCACUCUGACAUAUACCAACAAAAAGCAAAAUCAUGCAUUAGGGAAGCUUUAAUGCUUCUUCCAAAUUAGACCCAAUGAGGAUAGAUCUACAGCAUACAUUGUGGGCAGAUAAAACUCACUUUCAGGCAGCUCAAAAGCUGUUAGCAUGAAGUUGAUCCUGAGCCAUUAGUUCCUGUUGAGAGGCAGGGUGCAUUAUUUCAGAUUUAGUGCUGUGCUAAUAUAGCAUUGUGGAGGUGCAGGGAGAAUUCACAUCUGUAUGUUUUGCUGUAUGGAUGCAUGCUAGCAUCCAUAAUAUUGAAAUAAAGAAGAGGUAGAGCACUCAGAGAGUCAACAAAGACAGUUAACUGAUACAGGGAUAACACUGGAAAAUAAAAAUCCACUAUCCAUCUGCCUUUUCACUUCCCCUGCUCUUUUGCACAUUCACUCCACUCACGUUUCUCAUCACAUCACUUCUCCUCUGCCAUGUCACAUUGUUCAACCUUACUGAUUUGCAGUGGCUAUGAUGUCCUCUCGUAGCACCCAGACCAAGACCCCACUCUCUCACUCUACACCCAUCAGUACCUUCAGAGGCUGCUUUUCUAUUUAGUGAGGUACUGUUUUGGCUCAGCUGGCUCGUCAGAGGAGGAAGCCACGUGCAGGCUUUGUAACUGGAUAAAACAUCUGAAGGGAAAAAAAAAAAAAAAGACUAUUAAAAUUAGAAAUUCCACACAGCAGUGGAAGAAAAUAUCCAAGCACUGGAAACUUGGGUGGAGUUGACAGGUGAGAGGGUGAUUUUGAUAACAUCUGUGCCCACUCACCCUAAAUUAAUAUUGCACAACCACUGCAAUUUGGAGUGGGGGAAACAUCCUUCUAAAAUCUUCUUUAAAAACACUUAGAUAUACGAAAACUCAGCUAGGAAGGCCACAAAAGAAAAGACAUCAAAUACAGGUGGAACUUAAGAAAUCUUUGUGUCAUUUUGUCAGCUCUAUUCUCAAAAGUUAUAGGCUUUGGCCCUGGUGUUCCCAUCCCCCUCCACUUCUAUUUUUUCAUCAGCCUUAAGUAUGGAGGGUCUGUGAUGAGUUUACACCCUUUUCUUCUUCUUCUUGUUUUACUUCUUUUGGUUGGUAGGCUGGCACAAGGCAGCACCUUUAGUACAAGAGAACAAAACAUCAGUGCUGUUCUAGAAAGCAUUGCCAGAUAGAUAUCUGAUUAGAUUAGGUAGCUCUCAAGAUGCUUCCAUGCUUUUGUCCAGGAGGACUCAAAGUGCAACAGAAUAGGCACAAACAUUAGAAAAUGCCUGAUGACAUUAAUACCCACAUUUGCUGAUGAAAUUAAUUCAUACCCUUACAUCUCUGCUGUAUGUUUAUAUGAAAAACUCAGAGAGCUCAUUUCCCAACAUCUGCUAAGCGCUGCCUUAUGUGGUACGUCAAAACAAAAUGAAACAGACCAUCCAGUUACAGGCCAGCUAGUAUAUAUGUUUCUAUAAUGCUAGUCUUGUUUUAAUUAUAGGUUCCUUGGGGCAGGGACCGUAUCUUCAUCUUUUUUCCAAAUACGAACAACUAAGGCAGAGACAUUCACUAUGCAAUAGCCUAAAGCUGUUAUUAAAAGUGGUUGAACGAUGACAGGAAAUUGAAGUAGACCUGGUGCAAAUAACCAGAGAUACAGGCACAUGAAAUCUACGCAUAAAACAGCACCAAGUAGUAAACUCUCGGUGUGGGGUACAAAGAUGCAGCUGCUCAAGUGAGUCUGACGUUAAUGGGAGUUGCUAGGAGAAGAGCCCACAAACCACAGCGCUGUCCCUGUGGGUCUGACAAACCCACGUUGGGAAAUAAGAAUUAUAUGUGCCAGUAUUUAUUUUUCUAUAUAUAUUUAGUUAUUUAAUUAUAUGGCGUACCAAAUAAAAAUAACUAACCAGCUUUUAGCUUAAGUCCAGAAGUGGCACCAGUCCUGAGAAACUGAAGUGCUGUUUCUGUGUCUUGUUUGUGUUAAAACUGUUAGCACUUAGGUGAUGUAUGCCUGUGAAGAUCUCCAUCUGACUAUGAAAAACCCCUUUCAAUAAUGGCACGUAGCUGUUUCUGAGAAUAUUUCAAGUAGAACGUAUAAAACCGUUCCAUCCCAAGCAGAAUGAAGGUGAGAAACUGGGAAGUAAGCAAAGCUCUGAAAAAAAGCUGGAGUUACCUUUUUUUAUAAGCAAUAUUAUAAUAAAGCUUAAAAUUUCUAAAAUGCUAUCUAGCAUGGAUUAUUAUUAUUGUUUAUAAAAAAUGAAACACAGCAGUUUGUGAAAUCCACAUUGGAUAGCAAUUUCUAUCCUUCCUCCCUGGUUUUCAACCAUUCCUCUCUUGCCUGGGCUUUCUGUCUCUUCUGUGUCCUGAAGAAACAACCGAGCAGUUGUUUGGGGAAAAGUUUAAGGUUCAUCAGACUUUCCGGUCUUUUUGCUGACAAUUUUGGCAGCACCAGUUCAGCCAGAACACCCAAGAUGUAUUAUAGUCUUGCAAGCAGCCAGUGAAUUUAACUGAACGUGAAAAUAAUCAUAUUUUGCAUAUAAAUGUAUAUACAUACAUGUAUAUGUAUACAUGGAUUUAUAAAAAUAGAAAUGAAUUAGCAUUAUAUACAAAACCCCAUACUGAAUACUUUAAAGCUGACACAGCAAUAGCACGUAGCUCAGUGUGUGAAAGAGACCUAUCUUUCUUCAGCUAAAAAUAUUAACUGGUUUCUUUUGAAACUACCUGAAAUAAUUGGUUCUUUCAGUACAAUUUUGAGUGGUCAUGGAUAUAUUAAUAUUCAAGCCUGCUUAUAAAUGACUUCACAUCAUUUAUUAAUCCAGAAUAACGUUCUUGCUACACUUUAUGCUUCUACCUUGUCCCCUUUUUUCCCAUCCCUUUCCCCUUUGUGCUUGCUGCACAAAUCCAGCUGACCUCAGGUUCUACUUGUGGCUGAGAAGCUGCCCAGAGACAGGCCAGUGUAUGAGGUUGAGCUCUUUGUUCCUCCUUAACCAGUCUCUUCAAAACAUGUUGACACGUUGAGUAGACAGUCUGUGUGCUCAAUAAUUCAUAAUUACAACAAAAGUGACCUUUAAUCUUAGUGGCUUAAGUUCCAUGAUAAAGCCCUAAUAUAUUUGCUAUGUUUUCUGAAUUUGCUGCCAAUAGGGCAGACAAAAUUUGUUCUUCAAAACUUUGUUAUUGAAAUGCCAACUUUGGAUCAAACAUGGAAUUCUAGCAAGACUGACCAUAUUGAAAAGCAACAGUUAUAGCCAAUAGAAUAUUUUGGACUUGAAAUAAAAAAUCAGGACCUUAUUUUCUUUUUUUCCCCACCUCUUCUGGCAUUGGUAGAGUGGUUUUUCUGGAGCACCAAGCAAGUACAGUAGAAUCCAUCAGCACUCAAAUUCUUUCACAGAAUGGACAAUUUGAAAAAGAACUAAAGACCAUGUCUCAACUUGUUGUCUGGAGAGGGGAAGCCAAGCAGGAUAAAAUGGGAGAUUGGGGAAUAAAACUGCAAACAGUUAACCUGAGCCUAAAAAGCUCUUGAAGAAAGUGGCCAGCUGUAACAUCUUCAGUGAGCCCAGGAAUGAGCAACAGAGGAUGAGGCAGUCACCCAGAGAAUGGAGCUGCAUGGCUUAACAAGUUCAUUCUUAUACCUGAUGAACCUUAAACUUUUCCCCAAACAACUGCUUGGUUGUUACUUCAGGAUAUAGAAGAGACAGA